CUCGUUCUAAUGCGUCAGACUCCGAUGUAAACAUUCAUCAUGGCGUCUGCCGUGUUUUGGUUUUUAUUUCCGCUCAAUCUGUUUUUGUACACAAGAGGAUUUACUGAAGUUCAGCAACUAUCAGAUUCAUGCUACAAACCAAUGAAGGACCACAGACCUUCAUUCAUUAAGACAUACCCCCGGCCUCAUGAAUAUGUAAACGUCUCUGAUCUCCCCGCCUCCUGGGACUGGCGCAACAUUGAUGGCAAAAACUAUGCGAGCGUCACACGCAACCAACACAUCCCACAGUACUGCGGCUCCUGCUGGGCCAUGGGCGCCACCAGCGCACUCGCAGGUCAGACUCAGGACACUACAGUAGAGUACAGAAACUUCAAAGUCAAACACAUGCAUUUUUCUGUCUUAAACUCAGAUCGCAUUAACAUCAAGAGGAAAGGGGCGUGGCCUUCUACUUACCUGUCAGUGCAGAACGUGAUUGACUGUGGCGGGGCAGGCUCAUGCUACGGUGGAGAUCACAUGGGUGUAUAUGCUUAUGCACAUGAGCACGGCAUUCCUGACGAGACCUGCAAUAAUUAUCAGGCCCGAAAUCAAAAAUGUGACUCAUUUAAUCAGUGUGGCACAUGCUCGUUCUUCGGUUCCUGCUCUAUAAUUAAAAACUACACCGUGUGGAACGUUGGAGACUAUGGAGACGUCUCAGGACGAGAUCGCAUGAAGGCUGAGAUCUACAAAAAUGGGCCAAUCAGGCAGGUUCUACAGCCCAUAUUUUUAGUUAAAUAUAAAUUAAAAUAGUAAGCUACAACUCUUGGGCCUCAAUGGCAGAAAAAUCCAUAUGAUGCAAUUUUGAUAAAAGUAUUUGGCUAUAGUUCAUUAACAGU